AUGCUGUUACUGCGUAUAUCGUUAGUUUUCAUCUCUUGUACUUCGAUUCAUAGUGAUUAUUCAUUAUUUCAUACUAAUAUUCGUCAACUGCCCUAUCUAACAUUCGAUUGUUUAUAUGCUUAUUUAGUUGAUGGUGGCAGAGAAAUAGGUGGAAGUUAUAUUCGUAAUUAUCAUUUAAUUCCAUACUGUAGACGCCCUGAUAAUGACAAAGAAUUGGAACAAGAAUCUCACCUUAACCAUGAGAAUAUAGCACAACGGAUAAGUUUUGAUGAAUUGAAAAAACGAAAUGUCACAAGUGAACAAUUACUCGCAUGGCUUGCACCAAUUGAUGUUGCAGAAAAAUAUGAAAUGAAUAAUGAUAGUUCAGAUAUUUUUUAUCAAUGCAAAUCACCAUGGUUUGGUCCUAUGUGUCAAUAUAAAUUCGGUCAUAGUGUAUCGAUAUCGUUCAGUGAUAUUGUUGAAGCUACUUUUAACAAUUAUUCGAAAAUCAUUGAAAAUGUUACGACAGGUUCUUGCUAUAGAUUCUUAGAUAAUUGCAACCAAGAAUUGUGGCCUCGAUGUCUCGAUUGGCGAGAAAUUUGUGAUGGGAAAACUGAUUGUUUGAAUGGAGAAGACGAACGUUGGUGUGAUCAAUUAGAUAUGACUAAAUGCAGCGAUCUUGAAUAUCGAUGUCAUUACGGUGGUCAAUGUAUUCCAGCAGAAUUUGCUAAAGACAACAGAAUAAGUAUUGAUUGUCUAGAUGGUAGCGAUGAGCAAGAGGAGCAUUUUCAAUUUAGUUGGUUGAUCUAUCCCCAGUGUACGAAUAUUCAAACAUUUCAAUGUCAGGAACGUACUACUCGAUACCCUUUCUCGUUCUCAUGUGGUGAUGGUCAAUAUUUAUCGUCCUUUGAUUUGCCUAAUCUCAUACGUAGCUGUUCGAAUUAUCGAGAUAUAGAAUUCUCACGUUCAAUCCUUACUUCGCUAGAUCAUAUCUCAAACAUUGACUGUCGUGAUGCAUUUCUAUGUGCUAUGUACUCCAAUCGAACACAAAAUACAGGGCAGCCUAAUCCUGCAGACCUAGGACCGUUUGAAUCGAUUAUUGAUCAUGUUUGGAACGAAGGUUGUCAACCGUUAUCUCAGCAUUGCAUGAUGGAAUGGAUCGUCAUACCCGAAAAUCCGACAAUGUUUGGAUUUUUUCAAUUCGUUUAUUUGACAAAUCGAUCGACAAGUGAAUUUCAAGCAAGUCCUGCACCUGAUUUUAUUUGUUUCGAUGCACAACGAUGUCCUGUAUUAUUGGCUACGAUCACCUCCAUUAAUAUAGUUAAUGGUCUUACAUGUUGCCAUAUUUCUAAUCUAAUAGAAUAUGUCGAAUAUAUGGACUUUUAUCAAUUACUAUCAACGUUCCUGAAUUUUGGUCGUAAAUGUUUGAAGACAAGUGUAGAGAAAUCAUGUAUUAAUGCAUCUUAUUUUCACUGUAAUGAAUCUUUGAAAUGUAUUCCAUAUUAUCGUGUUGGAGAUGGAGUAGCCGAUUGUUUCUAUUUUGAAGAUGAAGAUUUUAAUACAUGCCAGUUAAACGAUUCAAAUCGAUUUAUUUGCACAUCAGAUCCAAAUAAAUGCCUAUCACUUGUUGUAGCCGGUAAUGGAAUGAAUGAUUGCCCUUCAGGAGAGGAUGAAGCAUAUGUAUAUACAUUUGACCUAGUAAAAUUAGUAACAUUUCCAGAUAUCUGUAAUGGUUAUGAUGAUAAUAAAGAUUAUUCGGUGAACGCUCUAGAAACCGAUGAAACCAAUUGUGAAUUAUGGCCAUGCAAUAAUGCAUAUACUCAUUGUGACGGAGUUUUGCACUGUUUAAAUGGUGUUGACGAAUUAAAUUGUCCUAACAGUCGAUGUUCAUUGAAUGAAGUUGAAUGUAAAGCGCCAUCGUUGGGAGUCUCAUAUUGCUUACCGCAUGCUCAUUUAUUUGAUAAAUAUUUGGAUAACUGUAAUGCUGAAGAAACUUUUCGUGAAAUUGUUUUCUAUAAUGGAACGAAGAACAUCAGUAAUGAUUAUUUAUCAUGGAACAAGAGUAAAUGUUUAAUUUCAGAACAACUUUGCCGAAGUCCAACUUAUUCGUCAAUACUAACGGUAGAGCCAGAUAUAUGUCUUCGCGAAUACACCAAAAUUAAUUGGGUUUGUAAAUUCUGUGUUCAUUUUCUUGAAAAUAUUAAAGAACCAUGCGAUCUUGGCACGAGAGGCGACGCUAGAUUAAAUAUUGCUGCAUUUUUAACAUCCGCACGAUUCGGUUAUUUCCCACCAAUAAUGAAUAAUCGUUCGAUACCGAUUAUUUCCAAACUGAACCCAGAAACUGAAAUCAUUCCGAAGAUUAUUCCUACUCUUGUUUCCUAUUGUCAUCGUGGUAUUACUGUAUUACAUGGUGUUAAUGAAACAAAAGUAUGUCUUUGUCCAUCGAAUUAUUUUGGGGCUCAAUGUCAGUGGCAAAAUCAACGUAUCAGCUUAACAAUUCAAUUCAUUUGGCGUAAUCUUACAUCUACUCACGUGAUAUUUGAAGCAAUUAUUAUGAUUAUUGAUGACAAUGAACGUAUUGCACCUAAUUAUGAACAAAUCACCUAUAUGCAUUCUCGUGAUUGCGAUACUAAAUUUAAUAUCUAUUUACUUUAUCCAAAUCGACCAAAGAAUCUUACUCAUAAUUAUUCGAUUCGUAUUGAUCUUUUCGAAAAAACGACUUUAAACUAUUGGGCAAGUUGGCAUUUUCCAAUCAAAUUUCCAUUUUUGCCUGUCAAUAGAAUCGCUGCUCAACUAUUCAUACCUGAUGCACGACAAAAGGUAUCAUGUUCUCUUUCGUGUGGAGAACAUGGUAAAUGUGAGCAAUACAUUAAUCAACGACACUCUGUAUUCUUUUGCCGAUGUAACCAAGGAUAUUCGGGUGCAAACUGUGAAAAUUUUCAUGAAUGUAAUUGUGCAAAGGAUUCAUUUUGUCUUUCUUCAUCCAUCUGUGUAUGUCCAUUAUAUAAAUUUGGUUCUCAUUGUUAUUUAAACCAUUCGAUUUGUCAAUUAUCACAUAAUCCUUGUCAACACAAUGGCAUUUGUGUACCGAAUGAUGAUCGUAUAGACUUGAAAGGAUUCACAUGUAUCUGCUCACAAGAUUAUUCUGGUCCCAGAUGUGAAAAUAUUAAUAAUCGUAUUGACAUAUAUUUAAUUGAUACAAGAAUACAAGAAAGCUCUUUACUAUUCGUACAUUUUAUUACUGCUUUCAAAAAUGCUGAACACCAACGUACAACACUUAUGAAAAACGUUCCCUAUAAUCGACAGGGUCUAACACUUUAUGUUUCACAACCAUUUAAUAUUCUUCUUUUGCAAAUACCAAAUGCAUCUUAUUAUUUAGGAAUACUACGAGAAACAUUCAUACCUUCUGAAAAUAUCCAUACUGAAAUAAAAUCACAGCAACGCUGUUUACCUAUUUCGAAGCUUCUUAAUAAUACAAUUAUCAAUUCUGGAUAUUUGAAUCGAACGAAAUAUUAUCCACUUUUAUGUCGACAAAAUAGAACAAUGAUGUGCUUCUAUGAUAAAGAUCUUAUUUGCAUAUGUGAUCUCGAACGAUUUUCGAAUUGUUUCUCAUUUAAUCAUACAAUGAAUUAUGAUUGUCAAGGACAUAACUAUUGUGAAAAUGAUGGUCAAUGCUUUCAAAAUAAUGAAACAUGCCCAACGAAAUCAACAUGCGUUUGUCAAGAUUGUUAUUAUGGUGCUAAAUGUCAAUUUUCAACAAAAGGUUUUAUUUUUUCUCUUGAUCCUAUUCUUGGUUAUCAUAUAAAACCAAAGAUUUCAAUUAAUGAGCAACCAUUAAUUAUCAAAAUAAGUAUUGUUUUCAGUACAAUUAUAUUUAUUUUCGGUUGCACCAAUGGUCUUCUAUCAGUUAUAAUAUUUCGUAGAGAGAAACCAAGAGAAGUGGGUAGUGGUUACUAUCUGUUAGUUUCAUCGAUUACAUCAAUAUGUAUGUUUAUUAUGUUAAUAAUUAAGUUUUGGCAAUUGAUACUUUCACAGAUGUUUUUGACAACGAAUCGGUCAUUCCUGAAUUUUAGUUGUGUGUCGCUAGAUUUUCUUCUCAAAGUUUUUUUAGCAUCAAGUGAGUGGCUAAAUGCAUGUGUGGCUAUUGAAAGAAUGAUGAGUGUCAUUGUUGGCACUCGUUUUAAUAAACAAAAAAGCAGAAAACUAGCAAAAUCAAUAGUUUCAAGUGUAUUUAUUGUUACAAUCAUUACACAAAUUCAUGAUCCUAUUCAUCGGCAGUUAAUUGAUGAUAUCGAUGAAGAUGAACGAAGAAUUUGGUGUUUAACUAAAUAUUCAUAUUCAUCUCAAAUUUACAAUUCAUUUAUAAAUCUCUUUCAUUUUCUUGUUCCAUUGUCAAUUAAUCUCGUAACAACGUUGAUUAUGAUUAAGAAAAUAGCUCGUCGACGUUUGAAUAUUUAUCCACAACAAUCAUACCAAGAUCAUUUUCAACGGCAAAUUUAUCGUCAUCAACAUCUGUUGUAUGCACCUUGCAUGUUAAUCUUGUUAAGUUUACCUCGUUUUAUUAUAUCAUUCAGUAAGCGAUGCAUGAAAUCAGCGCAUGAACCUUGGAUUUUUCUUAUUGGCUAUUUUGUUUCAUUUAUACCAUCAAUGAUGACAUUCGUUGUAUUUGUAUUACCAUCGAAAAACUAUAAAAAUGAACUUCGUUCUUUCUAUGAACAAACGUUUCGACGAUUUCGAAGAAAUCCAUAA